AUGCCCACUCCGCUGCGCAACCCCGGCCUGCGCGACCGCCAUUCCCCAUGCGAAAAUCGCAGCCUGGAUGCUCUCGAGAUGACUCGUCGCGGCCUGCGCAGCAACGCAGCGACAGUCAUGCUGAGCUGUGUUGUGCUGUGUGCUGGCUCAGCACCCUGUUGGCAGCGCCUCCUGUGCUGCGCUUCCUCCCACAGUCAGCCUAGGGGCGAUCACUUCGGUAGAGCUCCUCCCUCAUUCAUCCGGCCGUUUACAUUGCCAAAUGGGGAUGCUCAGCGUGCGCCUGCGGGUUGCUAUCCGCCGAUCCGCCAUGUGAGCUCCUCACAAACACAGGCUUGCGACGCUGAGCACACGCCAACACGAGCAGUGACUGCUCCGCGCGUCGUCGCAGCGGCCCCCAGCCUUUCGCCUCCACUGGCUCGCCACGCUGCCAAACGAAACACUUCCCCAAACUUUCCUGAAGCCUGAAGCCUGAAGAACUCCGUGGUCUGACUCCGCAUCCCACCUGGGAAGCGCUUUCCGAACUCUCUGUGUCUUGUCUUUAGCCGAGUCGUAACCUGGGGUACAUUAGCCUCGACACGACGAUCUAAGGG